GGAGUCCCAUCCCCAGUCCAAUAGAGGAGGCAAUCGCGGACGGAGCUACCCUAGGAUCUCCCCUGAGGAAAAAAAGGGCGUCGGACUUGCAAUCGUCGAUGCUGUAUUGAAUUUUCCUAUCUGCGACGAGAGAGUGACCCCAUUGCGAAGGACAACCGAUUUGUGGUGUGACGACAGAGAGGCUUCCCCGCGACUUUUGGACGAUGGCCGUGUUCCGGGGUGUCGGGCCUUGCGGCUAGAAGGAGGUGCCGCUUUCUGCCUUGCUUCAUCGAAGCACAAAAGCUGACCAAUCGCGAGACGACCCUUCUUUCUAGAAAACCUCAAGCCGCGGAUGUGUCAUGACUUCCUCACGUCGCCAGGGUGGUUAGAAGCCUUGACGGGCACAAAACGACAUAAAAGCUGGUCGCAUGGAAUUUAGCCGUUAAUAGGGAGGUGUGAGGAGAAGGGAAUACAUACCGCCGUGAGCUGAAGCGGCCAAGUGCGACACACCUCACACAACCUUGCGCACAGACAGACGGCUCGGCGCGUUAUAUUUACCUACAUCACACUACAGCGAGGCCGUCAAACGGGCCUGAGACGAGGAGCCAGUACGGUUCGACAUAAAGACAGAGGAGCACUGCUCGGAGAGUUAUGGCGGGGGUACUAGCGCGGUGGAUGGUCACACUGGUCGCGAUAUCGGCGUUGGGAACACACUGGGGGCCGAGCGAGGCCUGCGGGCCGGGGACAAGGUACGGCCGCCGACGGCACCCUCGCAAGCUCACCCCCUUCGUGUACAAGCAACAGAUGCCGGCGGUCUCCGAGAACACCUUCGGGGCCUCCGGCCUCUUCAACGGACGGAUUACUCGCGACUCCGAGCGUUUUCAUACACUGAAACAAAAUUUCAACACAGACAUAAUCUUCAAGGAUGAGGAAAAAACUGGGGCUGACCGAUUCAUGACACAGAGAUGUAAGGACAAGCUAAACGCGCUGGCCAUUUCCGUAAUGAAUCAGUGGGAGGGGGUAAAACUAAGAGUGACGGAAGGAUGGGACGAGGACGGUUUUCACGACGGCGAGUCGCUACACUACGAGGGCAGGGCGGUGGACAUCACGACCAGCGACAGGGACAAAACGAAAUACGGCAUGCUGGCCAGGUUAGCGGUGGAGGCGGGGUUCGACUGGGUGUACUACGAGUCUAAGUCGCACAUACACUGUUCUGUAAAGGCAGAAUCCGACACAACGGCGACCCAGGGCGGUUGCUUUCCCGAGGAAUCAUGGGUAACAAGGGACGACGGGAGACGGAUUCGAAUGCGUGACGUCAGACCGGGCGACAAAGUGCUGAGCAUGGAUAGCGCAGGCCAUCCCGUCUUCAGCGAAGUUCUGACGUUCAUGGACCGCGAUUCUAGAGGACCCUGGGUAUACUACACCAUCCAUACAGAGGACAGGAAUACCACCGUCACGGCCACGCCCUCUCACUUGGUCUUUGUGACGGAGUCACGUGAUCCGAGUGCAGGGAGGGUCGCCAAGUUCAUGAGUGACGUGCGGCCGGGGGAGUUCCUCCUCACGCCGGAAAGUGCCGGAGGAGGGUUCCGGAAAGUGGAGAUUGUUUCAGUGACAAUGAGAGAAGAGAAGGGCGCCUACGCCCCACUAACUGUACACGGCACCGUCGUCGUGGACAAUGUAGCAAUGUCCUGCUACGCUCUCAUAGAGAGCCAGGCGCUUGCGCACUGGGUGUUCGCGCCCUUCAGACUGUAUUACCAGCUGACGUCAUCGCUAUGGGACGGUCCAUCGCAUGACCAGACAUUACAGAAGGGGGUGCACUGGUACCCCUCUUUUUUCUACAGAUAUGGAAUAUCCCUGGUUGAACCGACGCUCCUACACCCGACGGCGGCGGAUUCAUGAUCUUGUGUAAUUUUCAGAAAAAAAUCGCUGUAACAUAAUUAUUUUUAUGUCUGUCUGUCUGCUUCAAGGCCCCUUAAGAGAAAAAAUUUGAAUACUAACCGCCUGAUGAGAGUGUGAAUAGUACACAUGUAUAUGCGACAAAUGUUACCAUGCCUCAGUAUUUAUUUUUUCCUUCCUGGUUGUUGAAAUUUUAGACAAAGUGUCUACUCGGCUGUGUGUGAUUUUGUGGUGUAAUUUUUAACGACAAAAUGAUGUGUCCAAGUUAUUGAUUAUCAGUGCCCUUCUCGAAAACCACAGAAGUACAAACACCCCCGUUACAAGAAUGGUAUCGUCUAAACACGCCUCAAGUUCCAAAGUAUCUUAGAAAUGUGAAAAUAUUUUGAAAAUGUAGAUUUCCUUUAGUAACGAAGCUAAAAUGGGCUGGUUUUGGGCGGCACCAUCUUGCAAACGACUCAGGAUGUUUGAACUUGUUGGGUUUCAAAGGAGCACCGCCCUAACAGACACUCAUGCGCAUGCGUGCGAACGUGUGUUAUAGACCAUUAACCUAGAAAUCUAACCUUAAACUGCUGCAGGAGAAUCUCUAACUUCAUUUUUAGCUCUAGCAAAGCGCCCGAAUGUGCUGUUCAUUGGGUGAAGAGUAUAUAAGACUUUGGUUAAUCACAUAACAAACAUGAUAAACACCCCUAAAAUAGCCUCAUGCCAAGUCCUGACCUCAUCUUGUUUUUACUAUUUUUUAUUCAUACUUUUGGCAUUUCAUUGUUUGUAGAUCUAUUCCUGCCAUUUUACUCGAGAAACCCUAUACUAAAGUUCACUACAUUUUCUGACCUCCCCUCCCCCCUUACAUUUUUCCAACUGGUUUGGCGUACUUAACUCUUGAGGCUCGUUUUAUUGUUAUUUUAUCUACAUUUGACGUCGUCAUACUCAACUCUGGCGCCAAAAAGAGAUGUACAAAUUUCUUCUUUAAACGAGCGCAUCAAAACGUGUUAUUCUAUAGAAACGUACGAAGUUACAGGUUCUUGCAGCUACUGGUUUUUUGUUUGCAUCGACGUAUUGAGGAGCCUUGAGUCUUCUAAUUCUAUCAUAGUACAAGCCACAAGUCACGUGACAAGUCCGUUUUUGGAUAAUCAUUUUUUGUUGUUGUUUUUGUGUUGUACAAGUCUCGUAUGUGGUUCAAGUGUCCCGGAUGUGGAUUUCACAGUGUCCCGGAUAUGGGCUUCUCUGUAUCCCGGAUGUGGACGUCACAAAUGAAUGACUGGUGUACUUUUUAUACCGAGCGACUGCUUUUGUGUUUAGUGCAAACUAUGAGGCCAAUGUGGUUUCCUGCAAAGUUGUAUAUUAUGGGAUGUAUUUCUCCUUGUCGUUGGGGCAUGCGCCCUGGGGGAGAGAAACGGACACUAUGUGAACCACGUUGUUGAUUGGGUGUUUCUGACAAAAUGAUAUUCCAUGGAAGGAUGGAUAUACAUUGAUGUAUUAUAAAAGAAAGAAAACAUGUAUAUUCGUUAGAAACUUUAUUUUGUUCCAAGAUUUUAUUUAUAUAAUAGCUUCAUAUUCUAUAUCACAAUCUAUUAAAGAAAAUAAUGCAGCUCUUCUGAAACUGUAGCUUGUCAGCUGAAAGGUUAAGUGUCUUGAAUAGCCAAGAUAGUGUCACACACAUCGUAACUUUGUACUUUUUCGUUGUUUAUAAUAAAUACCCCCCACGGGGUCAAAUCUAGAGCUG